AUGUCUGAAGAAGAGAUUGUUGCAUGUGAUCAAUGCAAAUAAGUGCCAGAUAAUUACUUAAGUCUGAAUUGUAAUCAUUGUUUCUGCUUAGUCUGUAUGGCUCAAAACUUUCUGAAAGGUGGAAGAAUCUUCAAAUUAGAAGGAACAGAUAACAUUCAUUAUAUAUGUACGGUGUGUGAAAAAGACACUCCCUUAGAUGAUGGAUCAGUAUCAGUAGUUGAGAGUAUCUGUCAUCAAUUGAUUCAAACUAGUCUUGAGAAGGUUCGUGAAGAAUAACAUAUUACUAAAGAAGAAAAACCCCUUCAAUAGAGUUAGACUAUUGCAUAGCCUAUAGCAUAACCAAAAUGCGAUAUUCAUACCAAGGAGGAUGCAACAUUAUUUUGUUUCACUUGUGAGAAUAAAUGUUUUUGUAUUAAAUGCCUGUUGAGACACGAUAAUAAAACACAUGAAAUAUAGAAUGUGAAUAGUUGUUUGAAAAGAUUGAGGAGUAAAAUGAAUGAUGCCACUCACACAAUAGGGGCAUCAUUAGAAUUAAUGCAAUUGCAAUUAAAAAGAGUUUAAGACUAAGAUUCUACGUUGUAAGAGGAGAUGGAUUAUCUAACUUAAAGAGUGCAAGAAUAGUCUCAAUCAUUAUAUCAAGUGAUUCAGAAUAAAGAGAAAGAGAUUGUAACUCAAUUAGAUAAUCUCAAAGAGAUACAAGAACAACAGACUGAAAAAAUGCUCAAUGAUAUUCAGAUGAAAAUUAACAGUCUCAUUUAAUUGAGGAGUGACUUUGAAAACAUUGGUUUGAGUGAAUAAUUAUAACCUUCAGUGAGUAUUCUCAACUACUAUUCAGGAUGUAAAUAAAUAAUGCAAAAAGUCAUAGGAUAAAUGAGUUUUAGUGAUAUUUUUAGUACUGUCAAAUAUUUCCCAGAUAAUGAUUAAUUCUUUAGAUAUGACGAGUUUGAAUUGAAAAUGCAGAAUUUGAAAGCACAAAUUGAUAGAUUCCUUACUUAAUAAAGAUCAGUCUCUUAACAUGAGAAGUAGAGUAGAAUUACUCAAAAAUCAGCCAUCAUGGAUUAGUUGUAUCUUAGUUAAAGAUGUCAUACCUAAAUGGAUGAAAGUACUGAUAGUUUUAAAUCCCAUUAAGUGUCCACUUACUCUAAAAUAAACACUCCAAUCAAUAAUUAAAGGAAUUUGUAAGCCAAGGUUGAGGAAAUAAAAUAAUUAUAUUCAGAUAGAGUGAAGACUUAAUAAAAGCUGUAGAAACAAUAAGAGAAUAGUCUGAAUAAUAUUCAAAGGUCCUUUUCUGAAUUAGCUAGUUUCAAAAAAUAGACUGCUCUAAGUGCGUUAAGAUUAUAAUAAGGUUUAUUCGAUUCUAGAGUAACCAAGAAAGUAUAAUAAUCUUAGUAACAAUAAUCACAAGAAUCACAACAAGUACAAAAAUGA